AUGACUUUGGAGGCAGAUGGGAAUGUUGAUUCAAAACUUGAGGGAUCUAGGGGCUUUACCGAGGGAGCAUACAACCUGAGUGGGUAUAUCGUAUCAUCGGAUCAGGUCAAGCUGAGGGUAGAGUUGCCAGUUGGGGCAGAAAUCAGCGUGGUCCGAGAGGAUAGACCUGGUCGGGGGCUAGAUGACCUAGCAGAGUUGGAAGAGGACAUUGCAAAUCUGCGGUUCUUUGAAAAGCAGGGCUCAGGGGCUGUGAACGUCAACUGGUUCAACUUGGAUGGAUCGGCAAAGAAUACGAGGUGGCUUAGUGACCAGCCAGAUGUUGUUAAAGAAUCUCAGCCAGAACAGGGACUGUCAGGAACGAGAACAUCAGCAGUGGCUAGAAUGGACGAGAAUCAGGAAGAAUCACCGGAGAGCACCGGUGCGAAGAAUUUUGCUCGGGAUUCAGGCAGUUUGAGUACAGUAAACACUGAACAAGAGGCUGCACUGAAGCGGCUUGAGCAGGAAAAGAUCAAGGAUCUUGAAAGGGCUAAAAAAGCCAAGGCCUCUACAGGGACAAAAUGUGCUAUAGAUGGAAACCUAACAGCACCAAGUCAUCCUUCAAAAUGGAAGUGCGACAGAAGUAACUGCCAAUGGAUAGGAUUUACUGAGAUCAAUGGUCUCUACAUUUAUGGCUCUGGUACUAUUAAUGCCCAGGGUACCAAAUGGUGGGGUUCCUCCAAUGUCAAUCACACUAGAAAGUACCAUGGGUCAAAACCAACGGGGUUCGUAAUAGCACAUUCCAACCAUGUGCAUAUAAGUGACCUAACCUUCAUAAACAGCCCUCAAAUGCAUAUGGCGUUGGAAAGGUCGACAUGGGUAUAUGUUUAUAAUCUCACCAUCACUGCCCCCGGCGAUAGCCCAAAUACUGAUGGCAUACACAUUCAACAUUCCACACACGUCUUCAUAAGCCAAACUCACAUUGGAACUGGAGAUGAUUGUAUUUCCAUCGGAGAUGGUUCAUUAUAUCUCAACAUUAGCAUGAUCACAUGUGGACCAGGUCAUGGCAUAAGUAUUGGAAGUUUAGGUAUAAAAGGGCCAUAUGAGACAGUAGAGAAUGUCUAUGUAAGCAAUGUGGAAUUCAGAGGAACUUCAAACGGAGCAAGAAUCAAGACAUGGCAGAAAUCAGCCGUGCAAAUUAGCAAUAUCAGAUACAGUUAUAUUUACGGGACAUCGAAGGAAGAUACAACGAUACACUUUGCAUGCAGUGAGAUAGUUCCAUGCAAAGAUAUUAUAUGGUGA